ACCCCACCAUGUCAUCGUGGUGCUGGGGCUCUCGCACAGCAAAAAUGUCUGCCUAAGGGGAACUCUAACUGGUACAAAUACAGCAUAUUCCCCCUGCUAUUGCCGUUUAAAGGCACAUUUUACGCGUUUAGAGGUAUUCAGCAAGAAAGCGAGUCUUUACCAGAUCACCCUAGUUGGAAUUUCACUCGGAAAAAAAGGUCUCCAGCUCACCAAGAUGAAUCCUCAACAGCGGAUUGCCGCUCUUGGAACAGACAAGGAAUUAAGCGACCUGCUGGACUUUAGUGCGAUGUUCUCUCCACCUGUCAGUGGAGGGAAGAACAGGCCAACAACACUUGGAAGCAGCCAGUUUAGUGCACCAGGUAUGGAUGAGCGGACCAGCCAAGCAUCUUGGGCCUCAGGUGGCGAGUCUAGUCCUUCGUACGAACCCUCCCGGGCUUUCACAGAUAGCCCUCAUUAUGGCGAUCAUUUGAGUGACAGUCGAUUAGUGUCCCAUGAAGGAUUGUCCCCAACACCUUUUAUGAACUCCAACAUAAUGGGGAAAUCAGAGAGGGCUACAUUUCAUGGCUUUGGGAGGGAUCCUGGAGCAUCAGGGUGCCAGCCAUCUGUACGCUCCGAUGUGGGAUUGACAAGUCCGAGUUCAGUGACAACGUCAACAAAGUCACCUGCUCCGUUUUACUCUUUCAGCGCAGCCAAUCCCAGAAGACGCUCUUUACAGGAUCCUCCGCCAGUUGAUCCUCUACAAACAAAAAAGGUUCGCAAGGUCCCUCCUGGCUUGCCUUCAUCUGUGUACGCACCAUCUCCAAACUCAGAGGACUUCAACAGAGAUUCGCCCUCUUACACUUCUCCUAAGCCCUCAAGCAGUAUGUUUGCCAGCACUUUCUUUGAUGGUACCCACAAUUCAUCUGACCCUUGGAACUCGACCAAUGGGAUUAGUCAGCCCGGCUAUGGAGGGAUGCUUGCAGGAUCUUCAUCUCACAUGCCACAGUCAGGAAACUACAGCAGCCUGCACUCGCAUGACCGUCUGAACUACCCAGCACACUCCGUUUCUCCAGACAUCAAUGCCAGUCUUCCUCCCAUGUCCAGCUUCCACAGAAGCAACACAACCACUUCACCAUUCGUAUCUGCAACACACACCCCAGUGGUCAACAACGCAGAUGGGGUCAUGGCUGCUGCAAAUCGGGGGAACGCCACUGGAAGCUCACAGACCGGAGACGCACUUGGCAAGGCUUUAGCCUCGAUCUACUCACCUGACCACACAAGCAGUAGUUUUCCCUCCAACCCGUCGACACCUGUGGGUUCUCCUUCACCUCUCACAGCCACAGCAGGCGCUGGCUCAGCAGGGACUGUGGUGACAGCUGCCGGCAAUGCGUCUGGAAGGCCAGGUACCAACCAGUGGCCUCGUGCCAGUGGACAGACCCCGUCUUCUCCAAAUUAUGAGAAUUCACUUCACUCACUGAAAAACAGAGUUCAUCAGCAGUUACAUGAGCAUCUUCAGGAUGCCAUGUCUUUCUUAAAGGAUGUGUGUGAGUCUCGAAUGGAGGAUCGCCUGGACCGACUGGAUGAUGCAAUCCUUGUUCUGAGGAACCAUGCAGUGGGCUCCACCGCCAAUCUACCUAGUGACAUCCACAGUUUGCUAGGACAGGCACAAAAUGGGCCAAUCUCAGCCAUCGGAGCAAGUUUCCCAGCCUCUGCAUUGGCUGCAAGUCGAACAGCUGCCUUGAGUUCUGCUCAUGCUGAUGACGCUGCUAGCCUGAACAGCCAUGGAGGUCUGCCAAGCGCCGGCUCCACAUCCAGCACAGAACUCAACCAUCAAGUUGAAACGUUUAGAGGCUUGGCUGGACAGGUGGCCGCCGCCUUGGAGCUGAAGAUGGAGAAGCAGGACAAGGAUGACAUGAACGAUUGCCUCUCGGGUGACGACAAGUCAGACGAUGAAAGUGACAAACGAGACCUGAAAACACCUCGGGCUAGCACACGAACAAGCAUCACAGAGGACGAAGACUUGAAUCCGGAGCAGAAGGCAGAGCGGGAAAGAGAGAGGAGGAUGGCCAACAACGCUCGGGAACGCUUGCGGGUGCGAGACAUAAACGAAGCCUUCAAGGAGCUGGGUCGCAUGUGCCAGUUGCAUCUGAAGAGCGAGAAACCUCAGACCAAACUGCUCAUCCUCCAUCAGGCCGUGGCUGUCAUCCUUAGCUUGGAGCAACAAGUCAGAGAGCGGAAUCUGAACCCCAAAGCAGCCUGCCUUAAGAGAAGAGAGGAGGAAAAAGUGUCUGGCGGCUCCGGUGAAGGCCAACAAGGUCACACGGGGGUCCACCCAGGUUUGACGGACACAUCCAACCCCAUGGGCCACCUUUGAGGCGCUGACAGAUCAAAGAGAUCCCAAACAUUUAGUCCCGUCUAUGAGAUGGCGACCUGGCCUCCCAGUGAUGGAGGGGGGCUCACGGUCUGUUACGCCACUUUGGAGGAGAAAAGACCACCUGAAGCGAAACCACAAGACUAACACAAUCCAGUCCCUAGACUGACGAGGAGCCCAGCGGCCCAUGUGCAAAUUACUCCCCCAAAACCGAGCAGAACCUAGAGCACAUAUCAUGCAUAUCUGCAUGGAGGUGUUGCUUCUGAACAAUCAGAGACUUCGCAAUCUCCUCCGACUCCAUGUGGAAGUUGUCUCGUGCCUAAACUGAAUUGACGAAUGCAUUGUAACACCAACUUUUUUUUCUCUUUCUAUUUAUUAUCUUAAUGAGCUCAAAGUGUAUUGUCUGAAGGGAAAAUAUAUAGAGUACAGUUUCAAAGCGGUAUGCAGCUUUUCAGUUGACCUAUAGUUUGCCACUGUCGUUCUUACAAACUGGAGUGCUCUACUCUAGCCCGGUAAGUCUAAAUGAGGGGAAAAUUAAUUUAUUGGCCAUUUUAGAGGCAUGUUUAUACAAAAUUAGCAAAACACUAAAGCCCCCCCCCCCAAAAAAAGGAGAUGAUCUAUUUAUUUUUAUAUUUUCUUCAUUCUUCCACCUCAAACAAGUUUGUGUUUGUUUAGUUUUAAUAAGGUUGCGUGCGUCGACUAUGCUGAGGUCGCAGACCAAUGGCAAACUCUAAGUUUACUGAAAGCUCCCAUUUCAUCAUUUUACAUUACAGAUUGUUUCCUUAGGGAAAAAGAACUACACAUCAAAUCUCAUUCGCAUUCCCUGCAUAUUUUUAGUGUCUUAACUAAAGGAAAAGGGGACUUAAUUGCCUUUGGCGUUCUCUGCCAUAGAGUGUUCUAUGUAAGAAGUGACAUACUCAUGCAAAUCCUGUUAUGUUUAGUUGCUGAUAUAGUCCCAGCUUGUAGUUUUUUCCAGCCAUCAAUUUACCACAUUGCUUAAAAAACAAAAACGACGACCACUUUUUCUUCUGGCCUGAUUAUCUUUUUUUUUCUCAUAACUUUAAAAAGCAGGUAUACAUUUAUGUCAUUGUUGUUUGCUUGGUUGUAAACAAGUCACUUCAUUCAGUUUCUACCCUCACAUAUAUUUUGCUACAUCCUAUAACAAUAAGCCAGACUUGAUAUUUCACAAACGUUGCUGAAUUAUCACAAAAAUAGGUCUUUUUUUUUUUUCUUUGUACGCAAAUAAUGAACAAAGUAAGUCUUUUGUCUUUGGUUAUGGCUUUAUUUUGUAUGUUUUAUUAUAAGUGUGCAUGUGUUAUUUUUCUUUGGUCUUAAGACUUUGCUUUAUAUUCCCAUUUAGUUAAUUGUUUGUAUGUUUUGUUGUACCUGUCAUGAUGUACACCCCAAACAAGGCUGCCACAUUCAGAAUGGAGCGUAUUCUGUGCAAAAAGGGACUCAGUUUAAAACAAAGAUGCCAUAGCAAAAGUUUACAUUUGGAAUCUAUUUGUAUUUGUGUGUCCACUCUCUGUAUGUGGCGUUGCUGUUCAUUACAGUAUUCACACAUGUGUAUUCACCUUUAUGGAUAUUAUACACGUGACUUCCUGCUUCAUUUCCUUCAUUUGAUAUUUCCUUCUUCUUAUUUCUUUCACGUUAUACUUUGCUGUAUGCCCAGAUACGUUCCCCUUGUAUAAUAUAUGAAAAACGGAAAAUCAAAAGGAGGAAAAAAAAACAUUUGGCUUAUUUUU